AUGGAGAUUCCUAUUGCCUACACAAUAGAGGUUCCCAUUGCCUUCACAAUAGAGGUUCCCAUUGUCUACACAAUAGAGGUUCCCAUUGCCUACUCAAUAGAGGUUCCCAUUGCAUACACAACAGAGAUACCUAUUACCUACACAAUAGAGAUACCUAUUACCUACACAACAGAGAUUCCCAUUGCCUACACAAUAGAGAUACCUAUUACCUACACAAUAGAGAUUCCUAUUGAAUACACAAUAGAUAUACCUAUUACCUACACAAUAAAGAUUCCCAUUGCAUACACAAUAGAGAUACAUAUUACCUACACAAUAGAGAUUCCCAUUGCCUACACAACAGAGAUUCCUAUUACCUACUCAAUAGAAAUUCCCACUGCAUACACAACAGAGAUACCUAUUCCCUACACAAUAGAGAUUCCCAUUACCUACACAAUAGAGGUUCCCAUUGCAUACGCAAUAGAGAUUCCUUUUGCCUACACAAUAGAGAUUGCAAAUGCAACAGAGGCGUUCAUUGGUUCAUUGAGACUCCCGUUGAAUUGUUCUCCAGCCAUAGCUCAUAGUUCCUACAAAAAAAGCUUUUAG